AUACAAAACAUGCAGCUGCUGCAUGACCUGCCCCACUACUAUAGAGAAAUUGAGGGAACUGAAAUCCUACCAAGAACCUUUGAGUCCAAUGAGGUAUUAUUAACUCCACUUCAAAUUCCUCCUCAUCUAACUGUCUCAUAAGACAGAUACAAAGAGUUCAGGGAAUCCCUUCACUGCUGCAAGCUUCCUUGCAGAGCAGAAAGGACGCAUGGAGGAGCUGCACUACGUAUGCCAGAAGACAACAGGGCAAAGGAUAAGUCUCCAUGUGCAUUUGUCAAAGGACAUCAACCUUAUGGUAGUGGUAUAGACCCUUGGCCAACAGGCCUUCCCACUGAGGAAUACUAUGAUGUCACAGCUGAAAAAAGUGAUGUGCGUAUGAAUGAUGAACUACCACUGUGCCUGCCAUUUCCUGCCUCUCAUCCCUACCAGACACACAUCUCUAAGUAUGCCAUGCUCCCAAUUGAGGAUCGAGGCACUGGGAUCAAUGCAAGCAGUUGUCAGCCUUUCCAUCCCAAUAUCCCUACCAAAGCUUUUGAUGUGGUUGCUCUGAGGAAGACCAGAGGUACUCCAUAGAGGUACAAAGUUAUCGGUAUUCCCUCUGAGUUGAAGAAGACUGUGCACUGGCCAGGACACACAUACUUUCAGCUUCCUAAGUUUGCUGAAGAAAAUGCAAAUCCACCAAAGACAGUGGGUCCCAACUGCACUUUUAAAGAGCUAAAGCAUAACCUCUCUCCAAGAACAACCAACACACUAUGAAACUCUGAAAGGGCUCUGGGGAUCACAAUAUACAGUCAGGACUUCACAGGUAAAGGUCCUAUGAAUCCCCUUAGCCUGGAAAACUAUUACAUGGAAGUGGCUGGCAGAUUAACUGGAGAACUAGUUGAAGACAUGGAACUGAAAGGAAAAUUUCUGCCUAGUCUCUCACAAGUGAGACCUCUUGAAGGUCACACUGCAUGUUUACUUCAAGGUCAACAGUCAACACCCUGUGAAGCAAUUCUGCAAGAACAGUACUCCUCCAGUUCAGAUGCCCCCGCCUUUAUUCAGGAAGCAUUGUACAGGGGGCAGCUUUCAGGAAGGCCUGAACUUUUAUUCCUUCCAAAAUCUGCAUAUUCCCUUUCGUAAGAAGAUUUCAAGCCCAAACAUUUGGAUCGUAAUAUAAUACAGGAAAAUCCAGUUAGUCUAAGUCAGACAGGCUUAGCACUGGAUGUGAAAAGUCAGGAAAGUAGAACUUUGUUGCACAAGCUUUGGCAUCGUCAGCCUGCAUGGAGACCAGAGGACAGGCCAAGACAGUAAGUACUCCCUGAAUGGAUCCCUAGCUGUGAGGUUCCUUGGCACCAAACAGCACGGUCAGAGCUGCAGCAUUCCUUCUCUAAGACAGCAGCACAAAAAUGUUUUUUAUGAUUCCAUGAAACAGGAGAGACAAAAGACCUCAGAGAUAACAUGACUGAGGGAAAGAGACACAAAAUCCAUCAUUUCCAUGCUUUUUAUUUCUUUAACUGA